GGACUUGCGGUCGUUUCCACCACUUCCACGUGCAUCUGUACCAAUCUUUCGCCUCCUCUUCGAGUACAACCACCUCCUCCUCUAGACAAUCACAUACACCGCUCGCGCACUGCGCGUGGCCGCCGCCUGCUCCCGUGCUUACAUGACCGCGCGGCUCUAGCUACAUGUCCAGUGCUAGGCAACAUGUCCGAGUCCGAUCACUCCAUCCUUAACCUGAGCCCCGACGAGAAGCGCGCCUUCGCUUUCCUCUUCAACCAGGCAGACAAGGAUCAGCUUGGCGUUGUCACCGGCGAGAAUGCCGUCAACUUCUUCGAACGAACGAAAGUCUCCCCCGACGUCCUCGGCGAGAUAUGGCAGAUUGCAGAUACCGAGAACCGCGGGUUCCUGUCAAAACCGGGCUUCUGUAUGGUGCUGAGGUUGAUCGGACAUUACCAAGCGGGUAGGCCGCCGAGCAAUGAGCUGGCUUUCAAGCCUGGGCCAAUUCCUAAAUUUGAAGGACUCACGAUACCUGGCGGCGCACCUGUAGCACCACCGAGUCCGGCUCCCGCAGCCUUUCAACAACCCCAGUUAUCGGGCUCGGCUCCAGGCCGCGUGCCUCCGCUCGAUCCGGCCAAGGUGCAGCAGUACUCGGGGUUGUUCGAGCGCUCAGGAGCUCAGAAUGGACUCAUUGAUGGCGGGACGGCGAAGGCCAUCUUCGAAAGAGCUGGGCUGCCGAAUGAGACAUUGGGUAGAAUAUGGAUGCUCGCAGAUCGUCAGCAAAGGGGUGCCUUAGAUCAGACCGAGUUCAUAGUGGCCAUGCAUUUGUUGACGAGCAUGAAGAUGCGAGCGAUGGCAGCGUUGCCUGCUACGCUGCCGCAAGGCCUAUAUGAAGCUGCAUCUAGAAGAGCCGGGCCUCCGCCGAGUCGCCAGGGCACUGGACAAGCACCAAUCCCGAGACAACUCAGCGGACAGCCGACCGGAACAGCGCGUGCCCAGAGUCCAUUGGCACGUCAAACGGCCUUUGGUGCUCCUCCGCCGAUCGCUGCGCAGACUACUGGGCAGCCAUGGUUGAUCACACCAGCAGAUAAGGCCAAGUUUGACCAGUUCUUUGCGACCAUCGAUCCUGCAGGACGUGGUAUCAUCACGGGCGAACAAGCAGUGUCGUUCUUUUCCAAUUCUGGACUUUCGGAAGAGUCUCUGGCACAGAUAUGGGACCUCUCAGAUAUCAAAAGCGAGGGCCAGCUCAACAAGGACGAAUUCGCAGUCGCUAUGUAUUUGAUCAGGCAGCAGAGAGGGCCGAACCCACCGCCAUUGCCAGCGUUCUUGCCACCUGCACUUGUUCCUCCCAGCAUGCGAGCACAGCAACAGCAGACACAAUCGACAGCGCCAGCUUUCGACAAUGCUGCACAGCAACCUGCCAUGCCCAAGUCGGCUGCUGAUGACCUCUUCGGCCUAGACGAACCUGCUCAGCCCCAAGCACCUACUCUGCAACCUCAAGGUACAGGUGCUUCUGCCACACGAGACGCCUUCGUUGGCGGCUCUCCCGCGACUCCGAGCAGCCCCAGCCGGUUUCAAGCACCAGCAGCAGGUCCCGCCAGUGUAUUCAAGCCUUUCGUUCCGUCUUCUGCGUUCGGUGCCACGCUUGCACAGCAAAACACGGGAGGCUCAUUCGGAUCAAAUCAAGGCGCCGCUGCUCGCGCCCCUCCAGCAUCUGUUGCCAAUGACGACUUGCUCGGCGACAAUGAGACCCAUGCUGCAGAGGCUAGCAAGAUUACCAGCGACACAACUGAGCUGGCGAACAUGAGCAAUCAAAUUGGCAACCUUCGCGGACAGAUGGAGCAGACUCAGAGCAAGAAGAAUGUAACUCAAGCCGAGCUGAACCAGACGAAUGCACAGAAACGUGACCUGGAAGUCCGCUUGCAGCAGUUCAGGGCUCAAUUUGAGCAGGAGGUUCGCACUGUCAAGGAGCUAGAGACACAAUUGGCCACCUCGCGAGAGUCCACCAAGAAGCUCAGCCAAGAGCUGGCGUUGCUCGAAGGCAACUACCAAGACUUGUCAACGCAGCACCAAACCGUGUCUCAGCAGCUGCAGGCAGACCAACGAGAGAACGCAGCCCUCAAGCAGCGUUUGACGGAAGUCAAUGCGGAGGUCACAAGGCUGAAGCCGGAGAUCGAGAAGCUCAAGCUUGAUGCCAGGCAGCAGAAGGGCAUGGUGAGCAUUAACAAAAAGCAGCUUGCCACGAGUGAGGGUGCGCGGGACCAAAUACUCUCUGAGAAGGCAAACCUCGAGCGCGAAGCUGCGGAACGAGAAGCCCAGCCAGCGGAGGCUGUUGCAUCAGGAACAGAAUCUGGCCUUGCGAGCCCUGGAAUGGCAAGCCCUGCAAGCACAUUGAGCGCCAACAAUCCAUUUUUCCGUAAGCCUGGCAGCGAAGGUGGUGAAGCCCGUGCGGUCAGUCCACAAUCGACUGGCCCAACGCCCAGCGCUUUCGAUGCAUUGUUCGGUCCUCCGGGCGCUUUCGCACCUCAAGGCCAGGCUGGCAGCAGAACAGGCACUCCACCCGCAACGAGCUUCGUUGGCCGAUCGCUCCCUACUGCAGGAGCCGCGGCUGGCGGUGCUGUCGCUGGCGCUGCCGUGGCUGCAGGUAUGUCCGACUCCGUACAAAGCGUAUCUUCAAUCGGUCAGCACACUCCAGCAGCAACGCCACCACCCUCCGAACCAACGCACGAAACUCCACCCGUCUCUGAACCGCCCCCACCUCCACAAGAUCGCCAGUUCUCUGCCUCUCAACUCCCCAUCGUUCCUCCUGAGGAGAAGGACAGCGCAGCUGACAACGAUUCUACAAAGGUUCUGCCUCCACCGAGCAGGGCGGGAGGGACUGAGACGCCUCGUGAGGCUGUGCCUGGCUCAGGUGCAGCUGCACUGAAUGUGCCUGGUAGCUUCACGGAAGAUCCCAAGCCUUCCACCGCUGCAUCUGAGGGCUUACCCGGUGCAUUCCCUGUCGCAGAGGAGACUCCUGUCGCGUCACGCUCUGUAACACCAGCAGCAGCCAAGGACGACUUUGACUCGGCGUUUGCUGGGUUUGGCGAUAGCCAAAAAUCGAAGGAUGCGGAAAGUGAAGAUCCGUUCGCAGUCCCGAGCAAUGGAGCGGCUCGAGGAUCCGAGUUUCCACCCAUCCGGACCCUGGAACGGGAUUACAGUGAAAGCGAUAGCAGCGAUGACGAGGAUGCCCGUGGCUUCGACGAUGACUUCACUGCCGCAUCUCCUCCGCCUGGUCAAGCAGCGCCACUCGAGAAUGCUGAUCUAGCAAAAGAUCCAGCGACAGCAGCGGCAGCCCUCUCUGCGACCACGCCUUUGCCCUCUGCCGAGGCUCAGCAAUCGCCGCCCGCAUACGAAGAUAGCAGCAAAGUCUCACAUGGCGGCAGUGGCGAGCGGGUCGACGAGAACCAAUUCCCAGCGGAGUUUACCGGGCUGCUCCCGGCGCGAGAGGACCCAACAAGUCCUCCUGCUGAGAGCUCAUCGCCAGCCGUGGCGACAGCCACGGAGAUUGAAUCAGACUCCUCCAAGCACACACCCGUGCGAACACCGCCCGCAACAUCGAACAGCAACAACCCGUUCCCAAGUGCGGGCACAAGCUCCGCAGCACCCGCACAGGCUUCAGCUCCUAAAGGCGCAUUCGAUGACUUCGAUGACUUUGACGACCUAGCCGAAGCCAAGGAAGCCGAUAAAACUGGCAAUGACUUCGACUUUGGUCACAAUGGGCCAGAAGACGAGUUUAGCGCCACAUUUGACUCUCGAGCAGCAAGCAUGACUACCACGAUGGCUUCUUCGCAGCAGACUCCUGUAGCCGCCAAUCGUGGCGUGAUGUCCGAUAGUGCUGGCUCGAGCGGAUUUGCUGGUUUCUCGUCCUCACAAUCAGCCUUGGGCGCUUCCACAAUGGCGAGCAGCACCUCGGCAGCACAGCAAAGCUCAGCGAAUGGACAGGAUGAUUGGGAUGCGAUCUUUUCCGGGUUGGACAACAGCAAGCAAAUUGACACGAGUCUCAAUGCUAGUGAUCCUUGGGGCGACUCGUCGAGCAACGCUUUCGGUGACAGUUUGAAUGCUGCACAAGCAGCUGCCUCGAAACCUUCGUUUCCCGCCGGCUCCCUCACUGCACAGCCACUAAAGAAUGUGCUCGAUCGAGGCGGUGCUCUCACUCCUGGCACGGAACAUGAUGAUCCGAUCUUGAAGAGACUUACUGGCAUGGGGUAUCCGCGAGGACAAGCACUCGCUGCGUUGGAACAGUUUGACUAUGACAUUAAUAGGGCUGUUGAUCACUUGACAAGCCAAUCGUAAAGGCACGAUAGCAUAGGAUGUGUAGACCAAUUGAGGAGGUAAUUGAUACCACGGAGGGCGAUGUGUUGAUUGUAGCUUUGUAGAUAUUCGUUUUGUGAAGAGGAUAGGCUUUCAAAUCACUACUAUUCGCACCAGUACGCA